CAACAAUCGGUACAGAAGUAACUCAACGUGCAGCACAUGGCGGACGGGGGAUUUCUGUAAAAACAAAGCCGCACAUCUCGACGAUUUUUGCUUGAAAUUCGGGUGUUUUUGUAAAAUUUCGGACUCCAGGCUACCCUGCCCAGCAACCAUGGGUGUCCAAGGCCUGCAGGAUUAUAUCGAAGCCCACUGCCAACGCGCCUGUGUCAGCGUAGAGCUGCAGCGAAUCGCUCGGGGGAGGGUCGGCAAGCGCCCGCCCAACGCGCCUCUCUGUCUCGUGGUGGAUGCCGAGAACUGCCUGCACCGGCUCUAUGGAGGGAGCUUCCGCGACUGGGUGUGCGGGGGGCAGUGGAACGAGAUGCUGGCCUUCAUAGGAGCCCUGACCAGAGCCUGUCAUGCCGCCAACAUCGAGCUGGUGGUCUGCUUCAAUGGCGCCGUGGAAAAACCACGCCUGCCCGAGUGGAUCAAGCGCCAAAACAAUAACAGGCAAACUGCCUACCAGAUCUUCUGCCAUCUUCACAACAAGGCCACACCCCCGCCCAAGGUGUGGUUCACACCGCCCGUCAGCUUGGCGUCAUGCAUCCGGCUGGCGCUGCGACACUACGGCGUCCGCUGUUACCAGUCCCUCACAGACCAUCACCACGAGGUGAUGGCGUUUUGCCGGCAACACGAGUUCCACGGCGUGGUGGCCCGGGACUCGGACUACGCCGUCUUUGACCCACCACGGUACUUCUCGUCGGAGAAGCUGAAGCUGAGUCGUAACGGGCGCAGCCUGACGACGGUCCAGUACCUGAUGGACGAGGUCGGCAAGGAGCUGGGACUCACGCCCGAGAAGCUGGUCGUGUUCGCGGCACUGCUCGGUAACCACAUCUUGCCUGAUGAGGACCUGGCUUCAUUCCACUGGGCACUGCUGGGUCCCACACACCCACUGGCAGGGCUCAAGGUCCGAGCCCACCAGCUGGUGCUGCCGCCAUGUGACGUGGUCAUCAAGGCCGUCGCCGAGUACGUCAAGAACCUUCCCUCCGUGGACGACCUGGACAAGGUCGCGCAGGACGUGUUCCAGCACUCGGAGACGCGCAAGGACGACAAGAUGAAGAAGUUUAAGGAGUCUGUGAUGUACUACAGGGCUGGGACUAAGGACGGGAACUGGCCCAUACUGCAAGCUGUGGACCCCCAGCCCUCCACCAAUCAGGAGCCAGAUGCAGACACUGACCACACCCCUCAGCAGCAGCCGCAGGAGUGUGCUGGUGCUAGAGACGCCACCAUGCCUGAGAUCGUGGUGAGCGAAGUCAUGGAGAGUGCCCAGCAGGGUAACCCGCAGAUUGUGGUCAGUAAGGAGCUGGACACGGUCAACGAGGACCUGCAGAACGCCCUCAGGUCAGAGAUAGAGGCUCAGCUGGAGGACGACCUGGACAGAAAGAUGCAGAACAUGACAUUAGAGACGAUCGAGGACAGCUCCAGUGAGACCUCCACCCUGGACAGCAGUCAGGAGCUGACCAACAUCGCCACAGCCUCCGAGGAAAACAAGGCUGCUGGCGACAUGAGCCCCAGUGAGCGCUUCAGCCCCAAAGUAGCGUGGGAGAAGAUCACGCGGGAGGAAGAGGAGCGUGAGCGUGAGGAGGCCCUGCGCCGGGGAGGGGACCCCGCCGCCGAGGAUAGUAAGGGAGGGCCCCCCAUGGUCACACGGAUGGCCAGCCCUGCUUCCCAGGCCUCGACCUCUGACACCACCAGUACCACCAGUUCCAGCGCCAACCCGACACCGGAGACGAAGGACCCGACAGCGGGCAUCCCGUCGCUCAUGUCCACACCGGUGCGCCCGUACCUGGACGUCACCAUCCCCAAACUGCCCACCAUCUCACCCAGCGUGCUGCGGACCGCGCAGUACAGACACAAGCUGGGUCUCAUGAACCCAUGGAUCUAUCAGAUCAUCACACAGGGAGAGAUCAAGAUUGACCUGACCCUGGAGGACGAGGCCAUGAAGGACCUUCCGUCUGCCGCGGAGCUGUGGCGCCCCGCCCGCCAGCUGACAUACGGCAUCCUCUUCAACGUGGCACACCAAGGCAAGAAAAAGAAGGGAAAGGAGCAGGCCCCCAGACGACAGGUGAUAGUGAAGGAGUGGUGUGUACAGAAGGGACGGUCCAUACAGAAACCUGAGCUGGUGGAGGCUCUGCCUCUGGACUGGAAGGUCAGCCGAGGGCCGUACGUCUUCCGAACUGAUGUCCCUAAGGUGAAACAGCUGUGGUUUGGGCAGGAGGUAGAGGAUAAGAACCGGCGUCUGCGUGCCUUCCUGUCCUGCAUGCUGGCAGACACCCCGGCCAUGCUCAAGCCUCUCUAUGUCCCACACCAUCUACUGGUGCUGUGCUGUGUGCUCAGGUACAUGUUACAGUGGCCAGGCCGUCCCCUGUUGCGUCGGCAUGAGCUAGACGCGUUCCUGGCCCAGAGUGUGGACCCCAGACUGGCCAACCCUCAGGCCCUGGAGGCCAUGCAGGUUCCCAUGGUUACGACCCGGGGUGUCCAGAUCGCCGCCCUGUUCAUGCGCGGCGUGGAGACCGCCAUGUUUGCUAACGAGGCGUGCGGCGCGCCCGUGGUGUGGGAGCUGACGUGCCCCUGGCUGUUCUUCGACGGGAAACUGUUCCACACCAAACUACUGAAGUCCAGCGCCAACAAGCCACUCAGGGAACUAUGUGAUGGACAGAUGGACCAGGUUGCUAAGGUGGAGCGGAUGCGACAGAGCAUCCUGGAGGGCCUGACCAACGACUGGGCGCGCAUGCCGCUGCCUCGCAUGGGGCCCAUGGGGAUGGGCGGCUACGGCGGGCUGCUCCCCCCGCCCAACCUCAGGCCAGCAGGACUGGGACCGCUCCCUGGCAGGGGCAGAGGCCUGGCCGGUAAGGUCAACAACCUCGGUAAGCCGGUGAGUGGGAGGGGAGGGAAGCUGCAGAUUGCAGGGAUCCCCGUGGGGGAGUGGGCCGGCAACCCCUCCGGGGUGGGGAACUACCAACCUCCUCAGGUCACCUCCGUGGGGGGGUACAGGAAGGGUGUGAGUUACCAGAUCCCGCCGCGGGGCCGGGGCAUGGCGCGAGGCGGGAUGGCAAUGCGAGGGCGAGGUGCAAUGCACCCCAUGUAUCAUGGGGCGAGGUCAGCGGCCGCGUGGGGCAUCCAGGACCCGGGGAUGUACUAUGACUACAGCCAGGCCACUCCUUACUACAUGGGGACCUACCCCCUCCCCGGCCAGCAGUACAGGAACAAGAAGAACAAGAAAAACAAGAAGGGCAACAACAAGGGGGGGAAGGCCCAGGAGCAGGGGCAGGGGCAGGGCCCCGGGGGAGUGGGGGAGGCUGGGGACGCCACGUCACAGUUAGCAGGGAUCACGCUGGCCCUUAGAAACAAGGUGCAGAGUAAAGGGCGUGGGCGUGGCUGUACCGUGGAGACGGGUGAUGCGGAGGUGGGGGGCGGAGCCAUCCCCGUGUCCCAGCUGGGGUCAGGCGAGGGGAAAGAUGUUGCAACAGAAGAGGAGGAUGUGGAACAAACCGCUAAUGGGGACCUCAUGGAGCUGGACUCGGCUCCCGUGGAGGUCGCUGACGGCGAUGUGGAGGUCAGCAGCAGCGAGGAGUCGGAGGACGAGGAUGACCUGGUUGCCACGGUGACCACCACGGUGCUGGAGGAGGCCGCGGAGGUCAGCAGCACGGGUCAGGAGGGGGAGGUGCCAGACGUGACCAUCGCCGAGCUGGAGACGGACGCGCCGACGCUGGGCAAAGGUUCGCUCUUAGAGGAGGAGGAACAUGACCUGAGCACGGACAGCGGCGAGCUGCAGAACGGGAGCGUGAUGAGUCCCGACAGCGGGCUGGAAGACCACUCCACGCCUGAGAAACCGUCCUCGCUAACCGACACCGCCACCUCACAAGAGGUGCAAGGGUAAUGACUGUUCAAAAAAGAAAAAAAAACAAAGAGAGAGGAUAUUAUAUAUAUAAUAGAUAUCUAUGUUUUUCACAGAUUUUUGUACAAAAACUAUUAAAAAAAACAGAAAAAAUGAAAAAAAACAAGCUUGUUGAAGCCGAAGGGACUAUAAAAUAUGCAGGUUCCUGCCUGCCAUUUGGUUUUGGUUUUGUUGAUUUGAGGAUGGGAAAUGGAAAAGCUCCCCACAGACUGGGAGAGCGUCCAAACCCGCAGGGAACUGACACCUUAGGGAUGGUUUCAUAGCUUCCUUUGGCUAAAAUCAAUCCAUUCAGAAGGCCCUAUAGACCAUGGGACAGACUGAACAACAAAAAAAACACAAGCUCACAAAACAUUCACCAUUUAAUAUUGAAAAAAAUCCUCUCACAAGCAGCAUUUAAUGACAAUCUCCAACCCAAAAAUGGUUAAGGAAAUUUGAUAAACGCUUUCGCUGAAGUAGAGCCAUGAGGUGGUUACAGGACUACGGCUAUUAAUGUGGUUAAAAAAUGCACCCUUUUUAUGGGGACAACAGCCAAUGACGGCUAAGCACCGAGGUCACAUGACCCUCAGUAGUAGAAAAGUGAUUUAAAGACAUGAGUAGUUUUUCAUUGUUGCACGUGACUAUUCUAUGCUUGUAAUUUGCACUCGUAGAUUUGAUGGAAAAACCUUUGGACACAUUUUGAUCUCAGUGGGUUCCAUGUCUGCACUGAAGACAGUAAUACCCACACAAAGUUUAAACCAACCGGAGAAAAAACAAGCGUUGGAGGCAAAGAAAAAUAAGACACAGAAACUGUUUGACUCUGUGCAUCACUGUUCGCUGGGCAGGUCUGAACUGGUUUGAUGAAUACCAGAUGUUUUAGAUUAUGGAUUUCUGAGAGAGGCUGUUGGGAAAGAAAACUCUGAAAAUUCAUUUGACAAUUGCCCCAACAUGGCCAACGUUGCAACCUUGUGACAAACUGUCAUGUGUUCACACACAAUAUUUGUCACUCUAGAGGGAGACUCAGUACUGAGGGCUGGUGAGAGAUUGCGAUUACAAUACAUGUUCACUUGUACCCUUAUAAUAUGGACAACAAUUAACUUGAGAACAAAAGAAUGUUAUUUCCUUCAUAUGAUGAUGUUAAUGUUACUAACUGCUUUUGAAAUGAUGGCUCUAGUAGUGUUUGUGACUGCAGUCCAUGCAGGUGUUGUAUUUGGCUACAGGAGUUGAGGGGACCUCCUUUGUGAGUAGCCAGGAGAUAGUAUUAUUAACCAGCAUGUUUUAUUCUGACCAGAGGGACUGAACCUUGCUGUUCUAGUCUACUGAUAUCAACAUUUACCCGUAAAAGACUUGACAACAAUGACAACAUGUAGAUCAGUAUUUGCAUAUGGCCCAAAUUGUAGAAGCUGCUCAUGUGAUAAUUGUGCCAUCCUCGGAUGCGAAGAUGUUUUCUAGAAAUCUUCCCCCUCACAUGAUGCAUUGGAUUCACUGUUGAAAUCUGAAUGUAGUUUCUUGUUGUACUUCACGCAUGUAGACAUAGAGAUGAUGACUUGUUAGUCAGUCCAAGACAAUUUUGAGGAAAGAAUUCAAUACACAUUGUUGAGCCUCUGGAUUUUAUCCACUUGUCAGCAGCGGCCCUCUGAAGGCUAUGCAAUGUUGUCACCUUAAUGACACAGAUGAUAACACACUAAAAGGCACUCUUUGUAAAACUUAUAUAUCUUAUAUCUAUACGGUAGUUUGCAUUAAUGAUACCAAGUUACAUAAUGGGACCCGUUGCUUUACACGGUAAAGACAAUUGCUAAGCCCAGAUCUUGUAUCUAAUGGAGCUAAGGGUCUAUGUUUGAAUUUUUCUGUCACUAUAUUACCAGUAUCAUUGUGUUGUUGGGUUGGAGGGAUACACUUUGCUCACCAGCUAAUGUAUGAAAGUCAUGUACCUGUAUUUUACCAGUAUGGACUAAAAUGCAAUGUAGGAACGACUCUUUAUGAUCCUUCUAAUUGAAUAAUGAGGCUUAUAUGUUCAUGUAUGGUUAUUACUCCUUGUAUGGAUAACUUGAAACAUCUCUUUACAUUUAUGGAAUCAAUAAUUAUUGAGUAGAAGUAGAUCUUGCACCAGUUAUACUUGAGCCAUGUCCCCUUACCCUUUGCGAUGCUCAUUGCCAAGAAAUUCCUUUGAAAAGAAGAACCACUCUCAUGUGUAGUGGUCAGGCGCCAUCUAGCAGGAGUUAAUGGAAAUGCACCCCCACAAAGCUAUGCUACCCUUGGGAAUCAAUGGUGGUAGAACACACUACCGAGGAGGUCCAUCCAAGCCUCUGUGUUGUUACCAACUAUGUAAUAAUGUCCAACUGUACCACUCAACCAUAAUAAAUUCAAGGAAUAUGAAUUUUAAAUCCAAGACUGAACAAGGAGCUUUAAGUGGUACCGUGGGGAGUGAUGGGAUACGAAGAGCACUUUAUUUCACUUAAUAUGGCUAAGCGUUAAGUUCCACUGUAAAAGUUGUUCUUCUGCUUCAACAGGCAAUGUUGAAAUAUAUUG